AUGGAUUCCUCAAAAACUGGAAACACAAGCAGUGGUGGAGGAUUAAGUAAUUAUGGAGUAUUAGAUGCAUUUGAAGAGCAGGGUCACAGAAAAAGACAGAAGGAGAAGAGAGUGAGCGUGCUGUGGGCUGCUCAUCAGCCUGAAAGCUAUAAAAUAUCCCCCCUUAUUCACAGCUUGCUAGCUGUAAAGGACAAAGCCUCACAGCAGAUCAGCUGUUCUUUAUUGUCCCCAUUCUGGAGAGCUACAGCUUUUAUGGAAACCCUGAGUCAGCAUCUGGAGUACCUCGGGCUCUGUGGAGAUGACAAAGCAGCUGAAGAUCAAAUCCUUGAAAGUCUGAAUGGGAUUCUCCUGGCUCUUACUGAAGAUAAGCAGAGAUCCUUCAGCCUACUCAGAGAGAGUGGGAUCUUCCUAACUUUGGCAAAAAUCCUGAAGGGUAAUCCAAGAUGUGCAGUGAAAGCAGCCCAGGUGCUUUCAGAGAUAGCCAAGAAUGAGGAAAUGAAGAAACCAUGUAUUGAAGCAGAUUUGGUUCUAACUUUGAUACCUUUGCUGGAGAGCACAGACCAAGAAAUGUUGCUUCAUGCUGGGAGGGCUAUUGGCCGUAUCUGUUAUGAUAAUCGGGAUCUUCAGGAAGAGCUGGUGAAAGUAGGAGUAAUCACAUCACUAGUCCGAAUAUUAACUGAUUAUGCAGAGAGCGAACCACUUGUCCAUGUCGAUCUAUUGGCCUUAUGCAAUCUCGCAGACCUUGAUACAGCCAAGGAAGCUCUAAGCAAGACAAAGAUUGCUGAACAGCUUGUGAAACAACUGAGAAGAGCAGAGAACCAUGAGAGGUUAGAAAUUGUCUUUGAGGUCCUGCAAGCACUUGCACAAAAUGAUGCUCUGAAAGUGCAGUUGGUGGAGGCAGGCGUGCAAGAGGUGCUGUCUGAGAUCCUGCUGAGGCUCCAGGGUAGUUCACAAGCUGAAGAUACAUGCAUUGUGAAGGCUGCAUCAGAUCUCAUUGUCUCUCUGCUUCUUGGAGACGGCAACUGUGUACGAAUGGUACAGCUGGGAGUCAUACAUCAGCUUCUGGAUCUUUUGGAGAAACAUGUAGAGAGUGGGGACAUCUCUGUUCAACAUGCUGCACUCAGUGCACUUCGAAACCUUGCUAUACCAGUUGUUAACAAGAUUCAAAUGCUGGAGGAAGGUGUGGCAGAACGGAUUCAGGCACUUCUAAGGUCAGAGAUGCCUCCCAUGCAGUUUAAACUUCUUGGAACACUACGGAUGUUAGCAGAUGGCCAAGCUGAUGCAGCUGAAAUCUUGGGCCAAGACCCCAUGCUGCUGAACAGACUUGUGCAGUGGUGCAACGCCAACGACCACACCGGCGUUUGUGGAGAAGCAAAUCGGCUGCUAGCAUCGAUCUUGCGUCACAACAGAUCCCAAGAAGUGGUCAAAGCCAUCCAGGAGGCACAAGGAGUGAAGCAUCUGGUUUCCAUGACAACAAGCAAACAUGCUGCCAUGCAGAAUGAGGCUCUGAAUGCCUUGGCAAUAGCAUCCACAAUCGAUUUAGAAACCCUUGAGGAAUCUUUCAAGGAAUCGCAGCUAGUUCAAAGCUUACACAGACUUCUACAAGAUGAUAAUACAAGUCCUGAGGUGAAAUAUAAUUCAAUGGGUCUUUUGUGCAGUCUUCUUAAUUCAGGUGAUCUGAGACAAGAAAUAGAAGAGGACAAGAUUAAAGAAACCCUUGAACAACUCUGCAGUCACAGCAAUGCAAAUGUGGUCAAGGAAGCUGUCACAACAUUACAGAUCUUGAGAGGAGAGACACCCCAGUAGCCUCCCUUCUUCCCCAUAGCAACCCUGCACUGCUGCCGAGGCAAAUGCAAUAAAAUGCCAGCUUUGCCAACCCUACCUUGCAUUUGUCAUGCUGCCGCAUAACCAACACUACUAAAGCCCAGGUACAGCUCCUGCUUUUCAAGCUGUACAUACAAAAAAUACUCUUGCUCAUCUAUUUGGCCUACAGAUACAUUGCUGCUGCUCUUCGCUGAGCUACUAACACACAGCAGUAGGAGUAAGGCCUGUCAAGCAAGUGAUCUUAGAAAGCAUCUCCUGGGAAACAUCAGACAAUCACCACUUCUGUAAUACAUUAUUAAGCUGCUUGGUUUUGUCAAAUCAGGAUAUCACUUGUAGUUUUUUCUGAUAUCUAUAGGAUUUUAACCCAUUACAAAAAAAUCUCAAGCAUCUGUAACAAUGGGCUUUUAGAUUAGAUGAGAGCUGCAGCUUAAACAAUGCAAAGGGCUAAUUGGCACUAAUUCAACCUCUGCACAUUGUGAAUCAACCUGUGAGCCCAGCACUUAACUGAACACGUUAAAAAUGCCAUGAAACUGUACCUUUAAAACAACUCCCCCUUCAAUUUCCAAUUUUCAAGUUCAUCUUAUUUUUACCUGCUAGCAUCACAAGCUAUAUUCCUAAAUAUCUAAGGUCAGGGUCUUGUCCUAAUUUCAGAUUUGCAGCUAUUGUAACCUGGAAUGAGACUCAGUAGAAGCAAAGGUUACAAGAAACUGCAGUCAAUGUCCAUACAGUGCUUGGACAAGUUCAAGCUAGUUAAAAAUUACAAGUGGGCAUGUGCGAAGAUUUGGAGGCA